AUGGAAAAUACAACUCUUACGCACAUUUCUGCGAAACACAACCCGACUUCCAGAAAAUCCACCUCCGGUGACACCAAAACAACAGCUUCAGAUGUCGAUGUCGACCAUGACAAUUCAGACUCGGAGGACGACUACAACGCCGACUCAGACCCCGGCACCUCCUGGUUUUCAGAACACAAUGCCCCACAGAAGGUCCUUGAUUUCCUGACGCGCGAGACAUUCCCUCUUGCGCCGUGCAAUACCCUUCCCAAUGCUACGGCUACAUCAGACAAUAGCAAUGGCGGCGGCAGCGGUAUCCGGUCAAUACGAAGAAGAGCAAAAAGGCUAAGCGAAAUCGAGAAGAAGAACCAGCCUAGCAUCCUGGAUCUGGGAACAGGAAACGGGAGCAUGCUCGCGCUACUGAGAAAACGUGGUGGGUUUGCGGGAGAUAUGGUGGGGGUGGAUUACUCGGCCAAGAGCGUCGAGUUGGCGAGGGAGUUGCAAAUCACCAAGCGUCACGAGGCUUAUCUAAGUGAUUCUGAUGAGGAGGAUGACGAAGGUUCAUGGUCUGAUGAUGGAGGCGAGACCAAGGCGGAAGACGAAGGCGAAGAAGAAUGGCAUGAAAUUCGAUUCGAAGAAUGUGACAUUCUAAAUUGUCGAGAGGACCUGCAGAGCAAGAAGGUUCCCUGGUUCCCGUAUGACAAGGGUGGCUUCGAUAUCGUGCUUGACAAGGGAACGUUUGAUGCUGUGAGUUUGAUGGUCGAAAAGAGCGAGUGUGAGCGGUAUCCGGGGAUUGCGGGAAGCCUUGUGCGCAAGGGCGGAUUCUUGGUUGUGACAAGUUGUAAUUGGACCGAGGAGGAGAUUGUGAAGUGGUUUACUUCUGCUGAAAUCCAGAUCAAUGGGAGUGGGAAGCUCGUUGUGUGGGGAAAAGUGCAGUAUCCCCGGUUCAGGUUCGGUGGACAGGAAGGACAGGGGGUUUGUACGGUGUGUUUCCAGCGGGUUUGA